AUGGGUUCGUCGUCGUCGCGGAAUGCUGCGUCCAACUUUCCCUCGCAUGAUGAUCCAGCGUACCGGAAGUGUCAGGAACUGAAGAUGGAACGUUGGAUACAAUUGCACUAUCAGAUAAAAGAGCGCGAAAUGGCAACGUAUAUUGCUGGCAAACGUGAGCUCUUCUAUUGGUUAAGCGCCUUCUAUAUGACCUCGAGCAUUGGUUGCUGGCAAUAUUAUCAGCACAUUCGUCGAAAAGCGGCGUUGCUACCAAUGGUUCCUUUGACCUUUGUUAUGGCCUAUUAUGCCGAUUUAGCUUACGGCAGCAAAGUACAUCGCAUUCAAGCUGAAGCCAAUAUGAUAUUAGAGCACGAGAAUGAGCUGCUGCACUGGCCUGGCGGCUUGCCAACUGUAUCAUCGCUGGAUGAGGCACGUGUCGAAAAUGAAAUCGAAAAGAAAUUACAUCCACACCCUUCAUAGGCUUAUCCAUUGACAGUUUAUCUAUGCUUUCCAUGCUACUGAAACUUUUACAUUUCAUAUAUUGCUCAAUGAAAUAAUUAUUUUUCCAAUUAAUCACAUUUGUAUGUAUUUAACCAUUUUAUAUUCACUUUUUGAAAUUUAAACAUAUAUUUAUGCAAUUGAAAAUUUGUGACAAUAUUCGAAUUACUUAUAAGAUUAGCCAUUUUCUAAACGUACAUGUACUAUAUAUAUAUACAUACAUACAUACGAAUAUUUCGCAGUUAUUGAUGUGUGUAAACGGUUUUUUACUAUUCAAUAUAUUUAUCUUGUCCAUAAUAUAAA